AUGUGCCAGUGUCGAUGUGUCCUGGCGGUUAGAUGCUGUGCCGCCAGCGACAAGAAACCACAAACUAUCAUACCAAUGCAAGAUCUACAAGUUUUUCUCAGCGUCUUUACCUGUCUAUUUGUCUUCUACAUCUCGGCGCACAAGAGCGUGAUGAAUAGAUACAAGACCGACGUUCCUUGUUUGCAAUGA